AUGGCUCUUGGAACCACGAUGACCAAGACGACACUGCAGGAGAGGAGCCAGAGGCUCAGCAGUCAUCCGGCUCUGCCCUUCAGCCCGCUGACCCUCCAGCUUCCGAGCCCGCCUCCCUCCACCAGCACCCUGGGUCUGCAGUCCCUGCCUGGUGUGGCCUGGUCCAGGGGCGGGGCCUUGGAGGAGACAAGGGCCAGGACUGGGGUGCUGAGGGCCGUCCCUGUGCCACUGCCUGACGGACAGGCUCCAGGGGCGGUGAGCCAACCCGCCUGGCAGGCUGCUGUUUUCCAGGAGACCACCGGCAAGCAAGCACUCAGCGUUGACCCCCGGGAGGCCUGGAUGCUUUUUGUCAGGCAAAGUGACAAGGGUGUCAACAGCAAGAGGCGGAGCAGGGGCAAGACCAGGAGGGUACAGCCCCUGCCAGGACCCCCUGGGCCUCCAGGACCCCAGGGUCCCCCAGGCCCCAUCAUCCCACCCGAAGCACUGCUCAAGGACUUCCAGCUGCUGCUGAAAGGCCGCCCUCCAGCAGCACUCAGGGAGCAGCCAAGGCGGGGCCCGCCGCGCCCCCGGGAUCAGCUGCGCCUGCUCAUCUGCAUCCAGUCCCAGUGCCAGCGCCAUGUGUCCCUCGAGGCUGUGACGGGCCUGGAGAGCAGCAGCGAGCUCUUCACCAUCUCGGUGAACGGCGUCCUGUAUCUGCAGUCCGGACAGUACACCUCAGUCUUCCUGGACAACGCCAGUGGCUCCUCUCUCACGGUGCGCAGCGGCUCCCACUUCAGUGCUGUCCUCCUUGGGGUGUGAGAGUGGCCCCCAACCCCUCCUCUACGUGGACUAACAGCAGGGCUUCAGAUGACAUCCAUGGUGUUGUGUGGUAGUGGCCCCGGCAGGAGGAAGCCCACCUGUAACCCUGCACACACAGGGCACUGCAGUCCAGCCGAGAACGCCAUUGUG